UGGAGCAGUGGGCUGGGCUCUCUAGCCAGAGAACAUGGCAGACAGACACAAGAUCAUUUAGAAGAGGAAGAGAAAUUCUCCCUUGAGUCUCAAGGAGACUGAGCCAGAAAAAGUUUCUUUCAGCACAAAUGCUAUGCUGCUCCAAUUAACACUGAAAAUGCUUUUAAUGCCUGAACAAUCUUAAGAGAGCUGGCUUACCUGGGAAGGAUGACUGGCUGGCUGAUUUCUCUGAGUUUUGAAGUACUAUUUUUGGCUGUCCCUCACCCGAGUUUGCACAUCGAACCCAGAGAAGGCAGCCUUGCGGGCGGCACGUGGGUCACCGUCGUUUUGGAUGGUGAGGAGCCAGGUGUCCUCCACCCUGCCAAUGCCUCUCAGCCUGAGAUUCACCUGGUGAACGUGGCAUGGCCCACACUGCCAAGGGUCCCCUGUGAUGUCUCCCCUGUCUUCUGGGAUUUGCCGGUGGUGAUUUGCCAGACCAGGGCUCUGCUGUCUGAGGGACAUGCAGGCACAUACGCCGUGGAAGUGCGCUCUGGGGGACAGGUGGUAGGAGGCCCCGGACCAGGGUCACAUGACAACUGCACCUUCAAGUUUUCCAAGGCACAGACACCCCUUGUUUACCAAGUGAGUCCACCAAGUGGAGUUCCAGGGCGGCUAAUACAGGUGUAUGGCUGGAUCAUCACUGGAAGGCUGGAAACCUUUGACCCCGGUGUGGAGUACAUUGACAGCCCAUUGGUCUUGGAAGCCCAAGGAGACAAAUGGGAGACUCCUUGUUCUCUUAUAAACAGACAGAAUGGAAGCAGCUACCCUGUUCGAGAGGCUGGUGGCAUUGGCACACUGCAGUGUCGUGUGGACGGCAAUUACAUAGGGUCCCAGAACGUCAGUUUCUCCGUGUUCAACAGAGGAAAGUCGAUGGUCGACAAGGGCGCGUGGCUUGUCAGCGCUAAGCAGGACCUUUUUCUGUUCCAGACUCACCCGGAAAUUCUAUCCGUGUUUCCAGAAACGGGGAGCCUGGGUGGAGGAACAGACAUCACAGUUACAGGAGUCUUCUUUGACGUUCCCGCCCGGGUGACGGUCGCAGGCAUUCCAUGCGAUAUUAGCCGUGUGUCGCCCCGGGAGAUCACGUGUACCACCAGGGCUCCAGGAAAAGGCACAAGGCUCACCGCGCCCCAGGCAGGCAACAGAGGGCUUCUGUUUGAGGUUGGCGCUGCUUCCGAGGGCUCGGAGCUGACCGAAGCCAGCCCCGGGUACCGCCGGCAGAUUGUCCCCAACGCCAGCGCUCCGCUCGGAUUCUGGUCACAGGAAGGACAAUCUUUCAAGGCCCGGCUCAGCGGGUUCUUCGUGGCUCCGGAGACAAAUAACUACACGUUUUGGAUCCAGGCGGGCAGCCAGGCUUCCUUGUAUCUCAGCUGGUCAGAGGAGCCCCAGGAUAAGGUGAGAGUGGCUUUCAUCGGCGUGGGCACGGCGGACUGGUUCGACUCCUGGGAGCACGGGGACGCGGGGGUGUGGCAGCAGAAGACCCCCAAGAUGGAGCUACGGGGUGGAGCCAAGUACUACCUGGAAGCCGAGCAGCAGGGCAGGGCGCCCAGCGCAGGGGUGAGGAUUGGCGUCCAGCUCCACAACACGUGGCUCACUGCCGGCCAGGUGGCCUCCUACCUCCGUGAGAAGCACCAGCUCCGCGCCCGCGCCCAGAGGCGCCCCGAAGUGCAGAUGCUGAAUGUAUCAGGCCCAGGAAACUUUUUCCUCACUUGGGGCAACAUCUCCAGCCCACCGCUGCCUGCAAACGCCACAGCUCACCAGAUUCAAACCACGCUGGAGGCGUUACUGGCAGUCAAGUGCAGCAUGGAGCCCACGUCAGCCGGCAUCUUACUCCGGCUUGGAUUUGAGCAAGGCCUGGAAGCUUCCAGCUCUGAUGGGGUCCUCACCUGCACCACCGGACCUUUCUGCGGUAGAUUCAGCCUCUGCCAGCCCGGACACCUGGUGGUGACCCCUCCCGUGGCUCGAGAGGGCUACCGGCUGGCUCAGUUUCCCCACCUGUGCCUUGCUUACAAGGGCCGCGCGAACACGAGCCUGAGGGUGGUGGUGACUUUCACAGCUGGCUCUGCCGGUGUCCCGGAGAACAUCACGUGUGCCUGGAGUCCCGCGCCCGCCGGUCCUGAGAGAUGGCGGUUUGCGUGCACCGACCUGUGGGACACGUGUGUGCGACACUCCAGGGGCCUCCGCACCCCCUCCGCAAGCGUGCCCGUGCUGGUGCAGCAACUGGGCCUCUUCCCCGGAGCCUCGGAGACGGACGUGCUCUGCGUGGAUGAAGUGAUCAUCACAGACACAAACCUGACAGUUUCUCAAGCCGACUUGGGCACAGCCCGGCCCUUGGGAAAUCUGGUGGAAUUGGUCUCCGUGGUGGGAUCCCCUCCGCUCUUCAACGUCUCUGUCUGGCCGGCGGGGUGUGGACUGCAGCUCCCGCUCCUCACUGCCUGCUCCGUGUCCAGCGAGGCAGCGGGCGGAGGGUGUGGAUGCCGGGCGCCGGCGCGGCGGCUGCAGAGGCCGAGCCCCCCGCUGGGAGGUCACUUCAGCCUGCGGCUUCCUCACGCAGUGAUCCCGGACAUCCCCGUGGGCACGUCCGCGUCCGGGCUCCACCAGCUUCUACGGGACAACGCCCAGGGCGCCCCGUGCGGCCCCCUGAAGGCCGCUGACUUCACGGUGGAGGAGCGAGGUUCCUGCUACGAGCGUGUGUGGAGCCUGUCCUGGCCCAUGCAGACGGGGGACCUGCCCGACGUGAUCGGGGUGUCCCAUCACAAUCUUACCGGAGUGGACGCCGCCGUGGAUGUCCGGGUGGUGUAUGAUGGCGGGGUGUUCCUUGGACCCAUAUUUGGAGACAUGCUGGCUACCGCGAACCCACAAGCCCAGGUGGUGGUGGAGGUGAAUGGCGUCCCUGCUCACUGCGCCGGUCCCUGCUCCUUCCAGUACCUUCCGGGGGUGACGCCCAGGGUCCGUUCUGUGUGGUACUCUCUCGAUGGUGACACCAACCUCCUGGUUUACAUGACCGGAGUUGGUUUCUCGGCCGCAGCCCAGGCCUUACAGGUCACAGUGAACAGAACAAGUUGCCAAGUUGUUUUCUCGAACCAAACCAAUGUGGUCUGCCGGAUGGGCCUGCUCCCGGUCGGAGUGCACCAGCUCUCUGUGUGGGUGAGGCCCGUGGGUCUGGCCAUCAGCGAGAGUGGGGAAGGCAUCUUCCUCUCUGUGGAGACCUGGCUGGAGGCUGUGGAGCCGGCCAGAGGGGCAGACACAGGAGGACUCUGGGCCCUCAUCCGAGGGCACCGUCUGGAGGGCGUUCACCUGGUGUUAUUUGGGUCUCGGUCUUGUACCAUCAAUGCCACCAUCAGCAACUCCCGGAGGAUUCACUGCAGAGUUCCACCCAGGGGGGAAGAUGGAUACACUGUGAACGUGACAGUGGUCAGACGGGGACACUCUGCUGUCCUUCCCGGGGCAUUUACUUACAUCCCUUCUUUGAGUCUGGUGGUUAUGUCUCUGAGCAGAAACCAAAGCAACAUAGCAGGUGGUGAGCUGCUCUUCCUUGUGACCCAGCUGGAGAAUUACAUAGAUCUGGAGGUGGAAAUCUGCAUCCAGGGCAGCCUGGCUCAGUUGCAUGCGUGGACAGCUCGGGGCCUGGCAGUGGUCCUGGCUCCCUGGCCGCCGGCCCUCCACCGAACCUCAGUCUCCAUCCACAUGGGCUCUCAAGGGGUUGAUCUUCGGAUCAACUGCACUACAGAGGUUUGUACCACGAGUCCUUGCUGCGGGUCCCUUCUGGGCUGCCUUCGUGGGCAGCCUGUCCACGCGUGUGGAGCAGGACUUUCUCCCGGGAAUAUCUCGGCUGCCGUGUGUGGUUAUCCGUGCCAAGUCUUGCCGAACUCGACUGCGUCUGCCUUCAGCUGCUUGCUCCUGCCCCUGGAUGUGUCUGUGGCUCCCUUGUGUGACCUGCAGCCCAGGGGAGACGCCCGUGGAAAGGCCAGACACACCCAUGUCCAGUGCAACUUGACUGUCACCGUAGGGACAGAAAUGCUGCCCAAAGCGUGGCCUUACCUCUGCGUGUGUGAACGGCGUCUCCAGGAUCUCCUUGCCUCGGAUCACGGGACAGAGCCGGCCGCGUUGUCAUUCUUGGGUCUCUUUGUCAGCCCUAAAGUGGAAAGAGAUGAAAUUCUCAUCUAUAAUAGCUCCUGUAACAUUACCAUGGAAACUGAGGCAGAGAUGGAGUGUGAGACGUCUAAUCAGCCAAUUACUGCCAAGGUUACUGCGAUGCGGAAAAGCGGCGUCCAGAGCACUCAGGGUGGCUUUGCCCUUCAGUCCUGCCGGAGGUGGUCCAGGGCCUGCAGCUGGCGUUCUGCAGGGAUGCCACAAGAUGGUGCCAAUGUCACGGUGGAGAAGGGCCAGUGGCUUCUGCUAGACACCAACACCAGCCUCCUCAACUCCCUGCACAUCAGAGGAGGGAAGCUCAUUGUCCUAGGCCCAGGUCCCAUCGAGCUCAGGGCCCACUCCAUUCUCAUUUCUGAUGGCGGAGAGCUCCGGAUCGGAACGGAGGACAAACCCUUUGAAGGCACGGCUCAGAUCACUCUCCACGGGAGUUCCCACUCAACGCCCUUCCACCCCUAUGGCGUCAAGUUCCUGGCUUUGCGCAAUGGAACCCUUGCCCUGCAUGGUGCGCUCCCGGAAGUCACGGUUACCUGUCUUCGAGCCGCUGCCCGUGCCCAGGACACCAUGCUGGCGCUAGAGGACGCCGUGGCCUGGCGUCGUGGGGAUGAGGUUGCGAUCAUCAGUGGAGCAGGCGGGGAAGGUGCCCAGCCUGUGGAAGAGACGGUCACCGUGGAAGCUGUGCACGGUGCCGACCUCCAUCUAAGGGCUCCCUUGAGAUAUUCUCACAACGUUACUGAGCAUUGGGUGGCUGGAGAGCGCCUUGCGUUAAAGGCUGUGGUGGUUCUGCUCAGCAGGAAGAUUUCCAUCCGCGGAAAUCUCACCAGUGAGAGAGUGGAGCUCCUUACCUCAUGCCAAGAGUCCAGCGCUUCUGAAGACGACCUGAAGCAUUGCUUGUACUCCAAGAGCGAGAAGAUGUUAGGAUCCAGGGAUCUGGGGGCCAGAGUCAUCGUCCAGUCCUCCCCUGACGAGCCCAGUCUGGUGCAGAUGAGAGGAGUACAGCUGCGAGACCUGGGGCAGGGCUUCCGUAAGCACGUGAGCGCAGUCACUCUGGUGGGAGCUCUGAGAGGUUCCUAUGUUCACGGCUGCACGGUGAGGAACUCCUUCAGCAGAGGCCUCAGCUUGCACAGGACCUGGGGCCUGAGGGUGGACAGCAAUGUGUUCUACAAGAUUUCAGGCCACGCACUGCUCGUGGGAAUGUACAUGGAUAUAAGAAAUCCAGCCCAAGAUGCUCCUCCUGGAAGAAAAUGGGACAGGUCUGAACAGGGCAAUAUAAUAACAAACAAUGUCAUCAUCGGUGUUUCUGGUGCCGAGGGUCUGUCUAGUCUGGAAAUGCUGGCCCCGUCUGCCAUCUAUAUCCGCAGCCCCACCAACGUGGUAGAGGGGAACAGAGCGUAUGGGGCCGGCUACGGCUACUUUUUCCAUCUCGUGACGAGACAAACAUCACAAGCUCCGCUCCUGUCCUUCACGCAGAACAAGGCACAUUCUUGUACUAGGUCUGGCCUCUUUGUAUACCCCAAAUAUCAGCCGCUGUGGGACCCUGACAUGGGUCCCACUUUGUUCCAGAAUUUCAUGGUUUGGGGAAGUGCAGGUGGUGUCCAGAUUUCUAGAAGCAGCAAUCUUCACCUGAAAAACUUCCAAGUGUAUUCAUGCAGAGAUUUUGGAUUUGACAUCUUGGAAAGUGAUGCAAAUACUUCAGUUUCCAACAGCUUAUUACUUGGUCAUUUUGCUGAGGAGAGAAAUCUGUGCAUGUCAACUGGGAUUAAAACUCCCAAAAGACGGGAAUUGAUGAUUUCGAACACAACUUUUGUCAAUUUUGAUCUCUUCAACUGUGUGGCUAUCCGAACCUGUUCCGGCUGUUCUCCAGGACAGGGUGGGUUUACAGUGACUACCAAGCAGUUGAAGUUUGCCAACUCUUCAAACUUGGUAGCGUUUCCGUUUCCUCACGCGGCAGUUCUGGAAGACGUGGACGGGUCUCUGUCUGGGAAGAACGGAAGUCACAUCCUGGCUUCUGUGGAAACCCUCUCGGCUUCGUGUGCGGCCAACGCCAGCUUCAGCGGGCUUGUCCGUGGCAGUGUCUGUGGAGAAGACGUGGUUUUUCAUCGCAUGUCUAUUGGGUUAGCCAAUGCUCCUGAUGUCUCCUAUGAUCUGACCUUGAUGGACAGCAGAAACAAAACGACCACGGUCAGCUACGUGCACGACACACUGUCCAACCACCAUGGCUGGGUGGCUCUGCUCCUGGAUCAAGAGACCUACUCUCUGCAGUUCCAGCGUCCGCUGAGGGACAGAUCUUUGCAGUACUCAGCCACUUUCGACAACUUCGCCCCGGGCCGUUACCUCCUGCUGGAGCACCGGGACGCGCCCCCGCACCCCGACAUCCUCCUGACCUGCUCGGGCCGCCUGGGCCACUCUCUCCCAUCUCUUCCGUCACCUGGUCGGGACCAGCACUGCGAUUGGUUCUUCAACGCCCAGCAGAGGCGGCUCACCUACCUGAUUUCAGGUGAAGGCCAGGUUGGAGUGACACUCCAGGUGAUGGAAGGCGCGCCCCCGACUCUCUCAGCAUCUACCUCUGAACCAAAUGGACCUCUACCAUGGUCCCACCCGGAGACCUGGCAGGAUGUUGGAGCCGGAUGGGGAGGGUACAACAGCACACUUCCACGCCCUGGGGAUGACGUCAUGAUCCCGCCCAACAGGACUGUGCUCGUGGACAUAGAUCUUCCCUGGCUCCGAGGCCUCUAUGUGCUGGGGACCCUGGAGUUCCCUGUGGACAGAAGCAACGUUCUGAGCGUGGCCUGCCUUGCCAUCCUAGGAGGGGAGCUGCAGGCGGGGACUUUAGAAAAUCCCAUAGAAAAAGAACGAAAGCUCCUGAUCCACCUCCGAGCCUCAGAAGGAGUGUCAUGCAACCGCCUCUAUGGAAUCCAAGUUGACCCAGGGACGAUUGGGGUUUAUGGGAAAUUUCUACUUCACAGUGCAUAUCCUAAGAAAUCCUGGACACAGCUUGGAGCUGAUAUUGCCCCCGGAAAUGAGAGAAUUCUAGUGCAAGAGGUAUUGGACUGGCGACCCCAGGACAAAAUCGUCCUCUGCCCCUCUUCCUACGAGCCCCACGAAGCCGAGGUGCUCACCGUGAGAGCGGUCCGGGGCCGGCAUGUGAGCAUCCAGGAGCGUCUCCAGUACCGGCACCUCGGAGGAGCUCACGUCGUGGAAGACGGUCAAAGCAUUCGUUUGGCUGUUGCCGUUGGACUACUGACUCGGAAUGUGCAAAUUCGGUCUGACACAGCCUGUCGGGGGAGAAUCCUGGUGGGAUCUUUCCAGAAUUCCACCAGAGAAGAAUUUUCAGGUACGCUGCAGCUUCUGAAUGUGGAAAUUCAGAACUUGGGAUCACCAUCGUCCUCAUCCAUCGAAUUCUUGACUGCAUCAGGAGGCUCCUGGAUGAUGUCUUCCGUUCUUCACCGAAGCUGCGGUGGGGGCGUGCGCGCAUCUGCCAGUCCUGGGCUCGUCUUAAAGGACAAUGUAGUGUUUGGCACAGUCGGCCACGGCAUUGAUUUGGAAGGCCAGGCCUAUUCUCUCCUGGGCAACCUCGUCGUCCUGGUGACACAGCCAGCGUGGUCCACCCCGUGGGUGGCAGGGAUCAAAGUGAACAGGGCCCCGGGCGCCAGCCUCCGUGGCAACAUUGUGGCAGGAUCUGAGAGACUCGGCUUCCACAUAGGAGGCCACGGAUGCUCCCCUCGGGUGCUCUGGUCCGACAACGUGGCCCAUUCCAGCCUCCAUGGCCUUCAUCUCUACAAGGACGGCACCCACGAGGGCUGCACCGGCAUCUCUGGCUUCCUGGCUUUCAAGAAUUUUGACUACGGUGCUAUGGUGCAUGCAGAAAACAGUGUGGUGAUACAGAACCUCAGCCUGGUAGACAAUACUGUGGGGCUUCUGGCCGUGGUGUAUGUGUCUUCCGCCUCGUUGAGCUCCAUCAAACACGUGCAGAUUGUUGUCAAGAAUUCCACCAUUGUGGCCACCAGCUCCUCUUUCGACUGCAUUUGGGACAGGAUGGAGCCUCGCUCGGCCAACUCCACGUCACCGGAGCGGCCGCCUUCCAACCCGAGAGGAGGCCGGGUUGGUAUUCUGUGGCCCGCGUUCACCGCAGAACCGAACCAGUGGCCUCAGGAGCCGUGGCACAGAGUCAGGAGUGGCCAGGUGGUUGCGGGAAUCAUGAAACUUCAAGAUGUCACCUUCUCUAAUUUUGUGAGAAGCUGCCAUGGUGAUGAUCUGGACGUCUGCAUUCUUCCCAAUGCCGAGAACACUGGGAUGGUGCCCCCAAUAACAGCAGAGCGAACCCGGAUGCUAAAGAUGAAGGACAGGAAUAAGUUCUGCUUUUCUCCAGUGAUUCCCAGGAAAGAUUUAGAAAGAGUGAUCUGUCCUGACUCAAACUGUGAAAAUCCAAAAAAAUAUCUCUUCAAGGAUCUGGAUGGGAAGACCCUGGGCUUACCACCCCCAGUUUCUGUGUUCCCUAAAAUCGAGGCAGAAUGGACCGGAUCCUUCUUUGAUACAGGCGUAUUUAGAGAAGAACAGAAAUGCACUUCCCCAUGGCCAAUGCAGAGCUUCGUCUGCAGUGAGGCUGACCACGUGGUCCUGGGUCUCACCAGUGCUCACGUCACUUGGGCAAACAGGAAGUUAUAUCCUGUCGUCUCUGUGACUAACGGUUUUGUUGACACAUUUAGUAGUGCCCAGGCCAGUCCUGGCUGCUCUACCUCUAGCUCCGUGUCUACUUUCUAUUCCAUUUUACCCACCAGGCAAAUCACCAAAGUCUGCUUUGUGGAUCAGACUCCUCACACAUUGCAGGUUUUUCUGUUGGGGAGCAGAAAUUCCUCCAAACUUCUCUUGGCUCUAUUCUACCAUGAGCUGCAGAGCCCCUACGUUUUCUUAAGGGGAAGUCUCGUGCCGCCUGUUGUUGUACACUCAGUUUCCUCAUUGCUAGAGGAGCCGGCGGGCGCUAACUAUUUCAGCAUCACGGACAACCUCUUAUAUGUCGUCCUGCAAGGAGAGGAGCCCAUUGAAAUACGCACCAGUGUUUCCAUCCAUCUGGCCUUUACUGUGAUAAUUGCAUCUCCAGAGAAAGGCUGGGAAAUGAUCUUGUUGGAAAGACUGGCUGAUUUCCUACAGAUCAACACAAGUCAAGUCAGACUCACCCACGAGAAGUCUGGCAAUGAGGAGACCUUAAAAACCAUUGCUGACAGUAGAGCAAAAAGAAAGCAUACUUGCCCAACUGUGACUUGUGCCAGUUAUUCUAGAAGCAUCAGUCUGCGUCAACCACUUGCGGUGGAAAUGAGCUCGUACAUGGUCUUUCCAGCGACCUCGUUGGAAACUAUCUCCAAGGUGAUUGUCGUGGAAAUUGGUGAUCCCCCGGCAGUAAGGAGCACUGGAGAGACUCCAUCUUUGCCAAGUAGCAAGCUACAGAGUUUGGCUGGCCUGCUCAUCACCGCUCAGCAGACUGGGCAGCUGGAGGCCAUUCUCAAGGUGACUGUAGGGGCCUUACUGGUGACUCAGCCAGCAGCAGACCUGAGCUGUGGAAAUGCCAGCAGCCCGGGACCUGGGAGCAGCGUGUAUGUUCGGCCCUAUGCGCUUUCUGUCCUGGUGCAGCCUUCGGAUGGAGAAGUGGGGAAGAAGCUAGCGGUGCAGCCUCGGCUUGUUGUACUGGACAGGCAGAAUCGAAGAGUGGAGUCAUUGGGGAUGCCCUCCGCGCCUUGGAUCAUUUCAGUGUCUCUGGAAGGGUCAGCAGAUUCCGCGCUCACAGGGUGUACUCAGGCAGAAACUCAAGAUGGCUACGUGAGCUUCUCUGACUUGGCAGUGUUGGUCUCUGGGUCAAGCUGGCACUUUAUUUUCACUGUGACGUCUCCUGCAGGAGUCAACUUUACAGCCCGGUCCGGGCCCUUUGCUGUGCUGCGGGUGCCGGGGAAGGAGCAGUCCGCCGUGGCUCUGGCCGCCGUGCUGUGUGCUGUCGUCUCCUGGCUGGCUCUGUGCUGUCUGCUGUGCUGCUGGUUCAAGAGAAGUAGAAGCAGAAAAACAAAGCCGGAAGAGACGCCCGAAUCUCAGAUGAAUGAUUCAGCCCAUCAUAUCCGGGUCUCAGCCAGGCGCCAAGGAUCGCAAGAAGGGACGGCAAAGGACUGCGUGGUGGUGGGAGAAGACCUGAGGCUGAAGGCGGCCCCAAACCACUGCCUUCCCCGGUCCCUGGAUGGGGUGUCCAGAAGGAAGGUGGGCCAGGAUCCUGCUCGGGAAGUCGAGGCCACCGUGCCGGCCCCCAGGGUGACCGGCGCCCCUCCCAGGGGCGCCCAGCAGAUGACCCGGGACUGGAAGGAAGUGCAGCAGCAGUUGCCCAGAUACCAGCUGGCAGGCCGAGAUCAGCUGCUUCUCUUACGAUGCCCUGAGCGCAGACAGGACAGGUGGUUGUGGCCGGGGCCGAGUCGUGGGAGCCAGGAGAGAAGCAGCUUGGGUCUUUCCCAAGAGAAGAAGGCGUGCUGUGCCUGGGCCACACAGGUGGGACGGAGGGGGAGCGGCCGGCCUCCGGGCAGCCAGGCAGCAGCUGCGAGCCAGCUGGGGCGGGGCACCGAGAGCAGGAGCACAGAUUCUGCCGGUGUCCAGCAGGGCAGCUGAGGCCUGGCCCCUGUGGAUGACCCUGAAUGAGGACGUUGGACUGGAAGCCCUUCCCCCACUGGAGGAAUGGAAGCCUUAUAAAUAAAUGCUUGUAGACUGAA